AUGUAUUGCAGAUGGCCAGACAUCCAAUCGAUCGGUUUGGAUAUUUUGAGCAAUAUUGCCUACUGCCUACCGCUUGAUCCGAUUGACCCUUACUGUAGCUACCUUUUUCGAGUGUUAAACACGUUUCUGAACUCUUCUAACAAGUUGCUGAUCAUAAGAGCCCUGGAAACCAUCGGCAAGUUGUGCAGCAACGAAAAAAACGAGCCGUUGUUGUGCGAGUACCUCGAUGCGUCGGUGUUGCGUCGAGUGAUAGCCCUUGCCGCCAUCAAAGAUGUGAUGCUUUGCGUCUUCGUGCUGGAAUGUCUCUACCAGAUAUCGGAAAUGGGACCAGUGCCGUGCGAACGUAUCGCCGAGCAGCCUUCUGCCUACCGGGUUCCGCGGCCACACACGGCGAUUAUGCCUCAUCCGACCCGUUGCGGUGACCUGCCGACGACGGACGAGCUGGACGGCCAGCAGCCACCGCCUCUGGUCUACGGCGGCGCCGUUGGUUCGGGCGGGAUGCUUGGUCAGUAUCACGUUGGGUGUCAAGAAGCAGCAUCUUCGACUCCAGUGCCGCCGCCACCGCUGCAGUUGUACGCUGAGGCACCAUCUAAGCGGGUGGCUGCGGUGGUGACGGCGUCCUUGUGUAAUUCUGACGGUCACUUCAUGCAGCCGGAAAGCAGCAACUCAUUGUCGUCACCGUCGUCCAUUCUUCAAAAUCAUCAGGCUUAUGUGGUGGCGGCCUCGGCGACCCUCACGCCAAAAGUUGUCGUCGCCAGUCCUGUGUUAUCGUCGUCCACAAAGCGUGUACCUUACCCGAAUGACAAGUACAAGGGUCCAACGGUCAGCGUCUAUCAGGACCAGCAGAUCGAUUCGCUCACACUCAACUGGAUAAAGCAGAAUUGCGUGGCUGACGUCGCUAGUACGGUAUCGAGGGGCGAGCUUUACGCGAACUACGUGCAGGACAUUAGACAGCAUUUCAAGGCGAUACCUGUUUCCGCAAACAUUUUCUCUAAUCUCAUUAGACAAGUUUUCCCAUCUUGUAUCAUUCGUCAGUUGGAAGGCGUUAGUUGUAAGAGCAGUCUGAUGGAGAUAGAGGGUUUGCGCUUUAUAAAACAGCAGACAGCAGGGGACGUUAACAGUUCGUCAAACGUCGUCGCUCAACACCCCCUCAUGCAGCAAAUGUUGUCCAAGAGUUCGUCGGUUGGUCCGUGUUCGCCUGCGUCUUCGUCGCAGUGCACCAGCCCUUCACUAAGGAAUCAACAGCAGCAGGUCAGCUGUGCGAUGACGAGUGGUCAAUGUCGUCCGGACAGCGUUGGCACGUGCGACAGCUAUAGCAUGCCGAAUACGCCGGAUUCCGUGUCAUCGUCGAUCUCGGCCACGGCAUCCAAUGAGCAGAUUGCCUCCUCGACAGCGAUCACUCCAAAGAAACGCAGCGCCAGAGCCAGGAGUCGUCCGAAAGCGAAACACAGGAACGCAUCAUCUUCGUCGCCGGUGGUCGUCAAUGGACUGCCGAUCUCCUACCAGCUGGAGGUGUGCCACCCCGCCCUUGAAGCCACUUCUGUCAUCGACAUCAACGACAUGCACGAGGCAAAGAUCGUACGUGUCGAGAACGCGACGUUCGCUUCGAACAACAUCUGCGAUGGCGCCUUCAAAUCGGAGGUAUUCGUAAACGGAGGCGGGGACAGCGUCAGUGACACCGAGUCGUCGACGACGUCGGUCGUUGGGGACACUAUGAGGGUGGUCAACCAUCACCUGUUACACCAUCAAGAAGUGUCUACUGGUAAAUUCAGUUUUGUAGUGAACGGCUCUGUGGCAGCCGGCGGAAAAUGCCUGUCGCCAGUGCUGGCUAACGGUCUGGUGCGACCGGCAUCAGUUAUGGUCAGUGCCGAUACGGAAAGCGCGUGUAACGCGCCGCCGCCGCCGCCGAGGAAUCGGACACCAACGCCGGACAUGGAGCUAAUGAAACGCAACGUUAAUAUGUGCCAAAAGAAUAUCCAACAGUUACUGCUUACUACUUCAAACAAGCACAAGUCGACCACCCUGAUUGCUACCACAAGCCUCGUCGCCACCUCCACAUCGACUUCAGCUAAAAGGCGACGUACUAUUCGCAGGAAACUGGACGCUGCCAACGCCACAGACCAGGGCGAAUCUCCGGACUCUGCCUGUGCCAUCGAUGACACUGCUCCCAAAGCAUUCCCACCGGCCACGAUGGCUUCAGAGCCGCCGAGGUGUCUAAACUCAUCGGAAACGAAGGUAUUUGGCAGUGGCGGCGGUAAUGGAUAUCAGCUAGCAUCGUCUUCGUCUUCGCUAUCGUUGUCCGACCCUGUCAACGUCGCUUCGACAUCGGACGCCACUCCUACCGCGGCAGCGGCCAGCACUUGCGUGGCUUCCGCCCCUCUAACGCCCGUCGACUUGCGCUUCAUGUGCGAAUGGGACGGAUGUGGAAAACUCUUCUCCAAGAUCCAGGCUGUUUAUUUUCACGUAUGCAAAGUGCAUGUGAACGAAGACACGUCGCAGUGUAAAUGGACGAACUGUGAUCAGACAGUCAGGUUGAAGUGGUCAGUGAUCGCUCAUUUGCAGGACGCCCAUUGCAAUGAGAAGGCACUACGUACCGCCGCGAUCAGACGAUACGAAAUUUCGGCGUGCGGUCGAUCGAACAUACAGGAACCACAGCCCCCUCCGCCGCAUCCCGGUUACCCGCCGGACGCUGCUCUAGCUGCCAUACGACGGCACGCACUAGUCAAUUUGCCCAAAGACUUUAGCGAAGGAAACGAAGGUCCUGUGACCAAGAGCAUUCGCCUCACCGCCGCCCUGAUCAUCAGAAACUUGGCUCGGUUUUCUUCGCUGGGAACUAGGCUGCUGCGAAGGCACGAAUCUCUGCUGUGUUUUCUGGCGUUUCGAAGGUUGGAGAGUUCGUCUGUGAUUGCUCAGUCACUGGCAGAAAUGAAUGUUUCGUCGCCGCGACAGUCAGAUUCCGACUCAACCUGAAA